UCCCCGCCACGGUGGAAGAGGUGCCGUGAGCUUGAGCACGCCCCCGGGUGGAGGUGAAGGGUCGGAGGACACUGGCCUGGGGUUACACGCGGAUCUGAGUUUUAUCAAGUCAGAAGUUUGAGUGAAAAUGGUGUCAAGAUCCCAGGAAAUCAUGAACGAUGGACGUUUCAGUCAGGUGAUGACUGACCCCAGGUUCUGGGAGAUGCCUGACAAGGAACGCAAGAUCAAGAUUGAUAAGAGAUUUCAGGGGAUGUUUCAUGAUAAGAAGUUCAAACUGAAUUACACCGUGGACAAGCGAGGAAGACCAAUCAACCACAGCACCACAGAGGACCUGAAGCGAUUUUAUGACUUGGAUUCCGAGGACUCGGACCUAGGAGAAAGUGAAGACGUGAAGGAGAAAAGAAGAGGGAAGAUUAAGAAAAAUCUGAAACAGCGAGGAAAGGAUGAUCCCAAGAAAGAUGCAAAAGGCACCGCAUUGGACAAAAAGAAGGGAAAGCAGGGGAUGUUUUUGAAAUCUGAUGUGGACAAGGCGGCAAGGCAGGACCUGGAAACUGAAAAGUUGAACAACAAUCUUGUUGAAGAGUCGACCAAGACACCAUUUAAACAGGAAAAGCUUAAAGGACCUGCCGAUGAGAUGAGUGUAAUUAAAGAUGAUGGUGCUGAAAGCAGUGAUGAAGAGAUGGAGCAGAUAAGUGCAAAACAGGAGAAAUCCACAUCCAAACAGAAGAAACAGCCAAGGAAAAAUCUCAACAUAAAUCAAGAUAUGGGGAAACAAUUAGAAGCAAGGAAUCGAGAAAAUCAAGAAAGGAGUUUGAUAAGUUGGAGUUCUUCAGAGCAUGAAAUUGAAUGUGAAAGCAGUGACAGCCACGAAGGUGACAGCGAUCAGGGUGAAGGCAGCUCGUUUGAAGCAAGAUCUACAGGAUCGGGUCACCAGAGUCAGGAGGAGGAAAGUGAAGAAACCGGAGACAGUGAAGAUGAUGAGGAAUUAUCUGAGGAAGACACCGACAGCGACAGUGGUCCCGACUUAGCCAGGGGUAGAGGGAAUAUUGAAACAAGCUCUGAUGAUGAUGACUAUUUUGAUGAUCUAUCGUCAAAGCCUCCAGAAAUUGAACAUGAAUGGGGCGAGUUAGCUAAGGAUGCUCCACGUACAGACACGAUCACUCGACGAUUAGCAGUUUGCAACAUAGAUUGGGAUAAAAUAAAGGCAAAGGACCUGUUGGUAUUGUUCAAUUCCUUCGUCCCCAAAGGAGGUGCUAUCUUGUCUGUGAAGAUCUACCCCUCAGAAUUUGGAAAGGAAAAGAUGAAAGAAGAGGAACUACAUGGACCUGCAGAAUUGCUGGACCACAAUUUACCUGAAGAUGCAGAAGAAGAUACUAAUGAACAAAGAAUUAUCAGGGAAAAGGUACGAGAGUACCAGUUCAAACGGCUAAAAUAUUACUAUGCAGUGGUGGACUGUGACUCUUCUCAAACAGCGAAUAAACUUUAUGAAGAGUGUGAUGGGAUGGAGUUUGAGAGCAGCUGCUCUUUUCUGGAUCUCAGGUUUAUCCCAGACGAACUAACAUUUGAAGAUGAGCCAAAGGAUGUUUCUACAGAUGUGGAUUUGGCAGUGUACAAACCAAAAUAUUUCACAUCAACAGCACUCAGCACAUCAAAGGCAGAACUGACAUGGGAUGAGACUGACCAUGAGCGUAUCACUACCUUGACGAAACAGUUUAAUAAGGAUGAGAUCGAGGAAAUGGAUUUCAAAGCAUACCUGGCAUCUUCAAGUGAGGAAGAUGAUGAAGCAGAGAUGGAAGAGGAAAAAGAAUCAGAGCAAGACAAUGAUGUUAAAAGCGUGGAAGAAAGUAAAGUGACAACUAAGACAAAGAAGGAUACUGAAGAACAGAUUUUAAAAUACAGAGAGCUAUUGAAAUCUAUACAAGGAAAGGAAGAAAGAAAUAAAGACAUGGAGAUGGAGAUAACCUGGGUUCCAGGUCUGAAAGAAACAACAGAAGCAAUAGUAAAGAAGAAAAUAGAGAAAGGUAAUGUACUGACUCCGUGGGAACAAUACUUGGAGAAGAAAAAAGAGAAAAGGCAACAGAAGAGAAAGAAAAAGACCAAAACUGAAGAUCAAGAGCUUCAAAUUGGCGAGAAGCUGAGUGAUGAUGAAAUUCCGUCAGAUGUAGAUUUGAAUGAUUCUUUCUUCACGGAUGAACUGGGGCAAUCAGCAUUUCACCAAAAGAAGAUGGGCAAAAAGAACAAAAAGUUAACGGAUAAACUGACGCCAGAGGAGGAAGGCGAAUUGGAAAAGGAAAAGGCAAAAAUGGCCUUGCUUAUGAUGGAUGAUGAAGAGGAAGACAGAAGACAUUUCAAUUAUGACAAAAUAGUGGAACAACAGAAUCUUAGUAAGAAGAAGAAGAAAAAAUUAAUUAAAAAGCAGGGAUACCUAGAAGAAGACAGUUUCCAGGUGGAUGUUGCUGACCCAAGGUUUAAAGCCAUAUAUACUUCACACCUCUUCAACCUAGACCCUUCAGAUCCUAGUUUUAAGAAGACUAAUGCCACACAGUCAAUCCUAGAAGAAAAGUCGAGGCGUAGGCAAGAGCAGCAGAAGCAGGUAGCAUUGAACAAAAGGAAAGAAAGUGAUGUUCCUGGAGAAGAGACGACAGCCACCAAGAAACCUACAGAUCCUGCACUUUCUUUGCUUGUAAAAUCGGUGAAAGCAAAAACUGAACAGUUUCAGGCUCGAAAGAAACAAAAAACUGUGAAAUAGAAUUUUUUUGGUAUAGAGAUUCUAUUUUUUGCGAAUAUUCUUAUGGAUUUUGAUCAAUAACAGUGUACAUAAAAAUCGUUGAAAAUAAGUUUACUAGACUGUUGAGGUUUAAAUACUUAUCUCCGGAGUUAAGUGUACCUGCAGGAAAACCAUAAUUCAUGUUUCAUUCAUAACUGAAAUUAUUUUUUAACCGAAAAAUUGAAUUAAAUUCU